UUAAAUAAUGUGAUGGGUGUGUAGGGUGAAAGUGGAAAUUAGAUGAAGGAGUAAGGAGGUUUUACUAGGGUUUUGUUGAAAGUUGAAAGCAAGUGCAGAGAACUCCAACACACGAAAAUGGCGACCAUUUGGAAAACCAACGCAACAAGAAACGCAGUGCGUUGUUUGAGGCAUUCCUUCGCAUUCACUAGCCCCACGCCUUCUCAUUUCUCCUCCGUACGCUAUCUCCGCACUGGUCGCGAUCCCGUUAGUUCAAGGAACUAUGAGAUCAUUCCGCCCGUGAAUUGGGGAAUCCGGAUUGUGCCGGAGAAGAAGGCGUUUGUGAUUGAAAGAUUCGGCAAAUAUGUUAAGACUCUUCCCUCCGGCAUUCACUUUUUGAUUCCCUUUGUUGAUCGUAUUGCCUAUGUGCAUUCGCUCAAAGAGGAGGCUAUAAACAUUCCCGACCAGAGUGCUAUUACCAAGGACAAUGUCACCAUCCUAAUCGAUGGUGUGCUUUAUGUCAAGAUUGUGGAUCCUAAGCUGGCUUCUUAUGGGGUGGAGAAUCCUAUUUAUGCCGUCAUUCAGCUGGCGCAGACCACAAUGCGUAGCGAGCUCGGUAAGAUUACUCUUGACAAGACCUUUGAGGAAAGGGACACGCUCAAUGAAAAGAUUGUGGAGUCCAUUAAUGUGGCAGCAAAAAGUUGGGGUCUGGAGUGCCUUCGAUAUGAAAUAAGGGAUAUCUCUCCUCCACGUGGAGUGAGAGCAGCCAUGGAGAUGCAAGCAGAAGCAGAACGAAAAAAGAGAGCUCAAAUUCUUGAGUCUGAAGGAGAAAGACAGGCCCAUAUAAACAUCGCUGAUGGAAAGAAGAGUUCAGUGAUCUUAGCAUCAGAAGCUUCAAGAAUGGAUCAAGUUAACAGAGCUCAAGGUGAGGCUGAAGCCAUCCUUGCUAAAGCAAAAGCAACAGCUGAGGGAUUGGCUCUUGUGUCAAAAUCCCUAAAAGAAAAUGGUGGACCAGAGGCAGCUAGUUUAAGGAUUGCAGAGCAAUAUAUUCAAGCUUUCAGUAACAUAGCCAAGGAGGGUACAACAAUGUUGCUUCCUAGCUCUGCAUCCAAUCCAGCUAACAUGAUGGCCCAAGCCCUUACUAUGUAUAAAAGUCUGCUUGGUAAUGUUUCCAGUGAUAAGCAUAGCGGAACUACACCCUCUUCAAUAGCAGGACAAUUAGAUGGAAAUGAUUCUUCUGGUGAGGUUAAAGGGGAGAGCUCAACAACUGCUACUGUAACUAGUGAAAUCCCAGAAUAUCGUGGAAAAUCUGGAUUUUCACUUCAGAGCCCACCAAAACAGGAAUAGUCUUAAGAAUUUAUAGAACUUACCAUUUUAAUGAAUUCAUUUGUUUUUUGAUUUAUGGAGAUAGCUGUGAAAAUUGAGUUCCGACUUUGGAGAGCAGAAAUCGGGAGUUUGGUUGGAUUCAUAUUUCUAGUCGCUGUGGUAUUUAUCACAGAAUACAAGUAGUUUAUGUAUCUCAUCAUUCUUAACCGACAAAUUUGGGGAGAAAACAGGAAAUAAUGAAAAGAGAAGGAGCUAUUUUGCUUUCUCUCAUGUAUACCAUACUAGUGGUUCCUUAAA